AUGCUAGAAAGCUAUGUGGAGUCCCUCGAUGAUCGCAGUCAGAAGGUUGUUCAGUUCAAGAGCCCAGAAGAGAUAUCAAAGAUUUUCUCGGAGAAGGCCUGUGACCUCUCCCUCAACGACGGUCAACCUGUUGGGGAAGAGGCGAUUCUCAAUGCCUGCGAGGCUACGUUGGCACUAUCAGUGAGGACAGGCCAUCCGCAUUUCUUCAAUCAACUUAUUGGUCGAGCCGAUGUGACUGGUAUUGCUGGUGAAGCACUGGUUGCAGCCACCAACGGCUCGGCAUAUACCUAUGAGGUUGCUCCAGUAUUCCUACUCAUCGAACAAGAGCUCAUGAAUAAGACCUUUGAUUUGGUUGGAUUCAGCAGAGACACCGCCGAAGGCCUCACCGUUCCUGGAGGAUCGAUAUCCAACCUCUAUGCAUUGCAGACUGCUCGGUACUAUAAAUUCCCCCAGGUGAAGACUGAGGGCAUCUUUGCCAUCGGAGGCCAGCCUGUUGCGUACUGUUCGGAAGAGGCGCACUAUUCGUAUACGAAGGCUGCUCUAGUUGCAGGGCUGGGAUCUAAUAAUAUGGUGAAGAUACCUACGGACUCCCGGGGCCGCAUGAGGGCUGAUAUCCUCGAGAAGCGAGUGGCCGAGGAUCUGAAGGCGGGCAAGAAGCCUUUCUUUGUUGGAGCCACUGCAGGAACUACUGUUAUGGGGGCCUUCGAUGAUGUUGAAGCACUCAGAUCAGUUUGCGAUAAGUUCGGACUGUGGUUGCAUGUUGACGGAGCUUGGGGUGGCGCUGUACUGCUGUCGCCGAAGUAUAAGAAGACUCUGUUGUCGGGUGUUGAGAAGGCCGACUCAUUCUGUUGGAAUCCACACAAAAUG